GUGCAAGUGGCUUACAUCUCACUAAACAUGAAAACUUUCAUGGUGGCCUAGAUGCAAUAUCAGUUGGAGAUGGGUUGUUCACUAUCCUGACAACACUUAGUAAAAAAGCAACAACAGUGCAAGUGAUGCUUCAGCCAAUUCUUACCUACAUGGCCUGUGGGUACAUGGGAAGACAGGGCUCUCUCGCCACUUGUCAGUUGUCUGAGCCACUGCUCUGGUUCAUUUUACGAGUGUUGGAUACCAGUGAGGCACUGAAGGCUUUCCACGAUAUGGGUGGUGUUCAACUUAUUUGUAACAACAUGGUAACAAGCACAAGAGCUAUUGUUAACACAGCAAGAAGUAUGGUUUCAACUAUUAUGAAAUUUCUUGAUUCUGGUCCCACCAAAGCAACAGACAGCAGUUUGAAAGCUCGAGUGCUAGCUUCUGAGCCUGAUAAUGCAGAAGGAAUUCACAAUUUUGCGCCUUUGGGUUCAAUCACCUCAAGCAGUCCCACUGCCCAGCCUGCUGAAGUGCUGCUGCAGGCUACUCCUCCCCACAGAAGAGCUCGGUCUGCUGCAUGGUCAUACAUCUUUUUACCCGAGGAAGCUUGGUGCGACCUCACGAUUCACCUUCCCGCGGCUGUGCUCCUCAAGGAGAUCCACAUCCAGCCUCACCUGGCCUCUCUGGCGACUUGUCCUUCAUCAGUAUCUGUUGAAAUAAGUGCAGAUGGUAUCAAUAUGUUACCUUUGUCGACUCCUGUUAUCACAAGUGGUCUCACGUAUAUAAAAAUCCAGCUGGUGAAAGCUGAAGUUGCCUCAGCUGUCUGCCUCCGUCUCCAUCGUCCUCGGGAUGCCAGCACACUAGGCCUCUCUCAGAUCAAACUGUUAGGCCUCACCGCCUUCGGAAACACUUCCUCUGCAACUGUCAAUAACCCAUUCCUUCCCUCAGAGGAUCAGGUCUCUAAAACAAGUAUUGGAUGGUUAAGAUUAUUACACCACUGCCUCACUCACAUAAGUGAUUUAGAAGGAAUGAUGGCUAGCGCUGCAGCACCCACUGCUAAUCUGUUGCAGACGUGUGCUGCUUUACUCAUGUCACCUUACUGUGGUAUGCAUUCUCCAAACAUCGAGGCUGUGCUUGUAAAAAUUGGGCUUCAGUCCACCAGGAUUGGCCUAAAAUUGAUUGACAUACUUCUAAGAAACUGCUCAGCAUCUGGGAGUGAUCCUGCAG